CAAUUUUAAUUUUUAAGGAAUUAUUUUCUUUAGUGAGACUUUGUAUCUUCUUUUAAUUUGGUCAAUUCUAAUUUUUUAAGGAGUUCUUUUCUUCAGUGAAGUUUCGUGCCUCUUUUUCCAUUUGGCCAAUUAUGUUUCUUAAAGAGUUAUUCUCUUCAGAAAAUUUUUUGUGCUUCCUUAACCAAGCUAGUGACUCUUUUUUUCGUGAUUUUCUUGAAUCACUUAUUUCUUUUCCCAUUUCUUCCCUCUCUCUUUCUUGAUUUUAAAAAUCUUUUUUUGAGCUCUUCCAUGGCCUGAAACUAAUUCAUAUAUUUUCUUUAAAGCUUUGGAUGUAGGAGUUUUGACUCUGUUUUUUUCAAGUAUGUGUUUUUAUUGUCCUUGUGACCAUAGUAACUUUCUAUAGUCAGAUUUUCUUUUCUAUUUGCUCAAUUUCCCAGACUGGUUUUUGAAUUGUAACUCUUGUUAAAGGCAGUUUCUGCUUUGAGGAUAGAAGGUGCUUUGUAACUUUUUAGUUCUGCCAAGGUGAUAUGAGCUAAAGAGAGUUAUCUGUGUAUCUUGUAUUUGGUCUAUGAGCAAAUACUUUUUCUGUCUUAGAACUGUGAGGAGGAUCCUUGCUUUCUAGUGGCCACAAGCUCUAAUCCUGGGACUGCUAGCUAGAUCCAAGUAUGAGCAAAGUAGCAGAAAUUUGCUCCCGAUGUCAGCAUAGGGACCCUUGUAAUCUCCUCACCAGUUGUCUGAUCACUUCACUCUGUGGGCUGAGAACUGAAGAAACUUCCAGAGCCAUACCCGAUUUUUUUUUUUUUAAACUGGGGCUCAGUGUGCACUAGGGGCAUCCUGCAAUGGACAAAGCAAUGCCUCCUUUCUUUCUCCACCUUCACCACUUCUUCUGUCUCCUGUAUGCAUUGCUGUUUUUGAGACCAUAGAGGUCACCUUCUCCAUCUUCAUUUUCCUUGACUUCUCUUCAGGCUUUGAUAUUCUUUUUUUCCAUAAUGCUCUCUGCUCUCUAGGGUUUUAGGAUACCACUCUCCUGAUUUCCCUCCUUCUUAUUCUUUGACCACUUCUUUUCUAUCUUUUUUGGAUAUUCCUGAGAUCAAAAUUUCCAACCAUAUGGGUCCCUUGGAAUUCUAUUCUUGAUCCUCUUCUCUUUUCCCUCUAUAUUACUUUUCUUGUUGAUUUCAUCAGCUACUACAAAUUUAAUUGCUAUCUAUAUUUUGAUGAUUUUCAAAUAUCCCUUUUGUGCCCCAAGCCAUGAGUUGAGAGCAAAAGCUUCUUUAACUGAGGGUGAUAAGUAGCAAAUCUACCAACCCUAAGGGAUGUCCACUGUAUUUCCAAUUACAAAAGGGCCCAUGGGUAGAGUUUUUUAUACUUUUUGGAGGCCAGAGGAAGAAGGCAGUAUGAAAUAGGAAGGCUUGGUCAUGAGAAUCCAACGACUAAAUAGUCAAGAUAAGGAAGGCCACCUUAUUCUAGCUGCUCUACCCUUCAUGCCAUGCAUGCCAAGGGAAGGGGGUAAAUACACUAGCAGCUGAGAUCUGGCUUGAACUGUCAGUCAUCCUGGCCUCCUCAGUAUUCCUGACUACAUAUACAUGUAUAUCCAAUAUGGUGCAAAUGUCCAUCAGUUUCACCAUUGCAGCAUCUCUAGAAUAUGCUCCAUUCUACCACCAAUAAUGUGCAUGUCUAGAUCACCUCAUGCUUGGGUUAUUAAGAUAGCCUAAUUCCCAAUAAGAUCAGGGGUGAAACAAUGUUGCAUUUUCAUUAGCAUAAUGCAACAUUGUACUAGAAACGUUAGCUUUAGCAAAAAAAAAAAAAGGAAGAAAGAAAGAAAUUGAAGUAAUUAGAAUAAGUAAUGAAGAACCAAAUUUACCAUGCUUUGUAGGUGAUAUGAUGACAGAGAAUCCUAGAGAAUCACCUUUUAAAAAAGCUUCAAGAAACAGUUAACAACUUUAGCAAAAUUGAAAGAUAUAAAUAAAUUGAUAUAAAUCAUCAGCAGAAAGAACUAGAAAGAGAAAUCCCAUUUAAAAUAACUGUAGACAAUAUAAAAUAUCUGGGUGUCUACCUGCCAAGAGAAAUCCAGGAACGAUAUCUACACAAUUACAAAACACUUUUCACGGAAAUAUAGUUGUAUAUAAGAAAUUAGAAGAGUGUCAAGUGCUUAUGAGUAGCCAAGAUAAUAAAAUAAAAAUAACAAUUCUACCAAAAAUCAAUGUACUUAUUCAGUGCCAUACCAAUCAAACUAUAAGAAAUUAUUUCAUAGAGCUGGAAAAAUACUAACAAAAAUUCAUUUGGAAGAACAAAAAGUCAAGAAUUUCAAGGGAAUUAAUGAAAAAAAAAAUGCAAAGGAAGUUCCCUAAACCAAAAAGGGCCUAAACAGAGAAAAAAAAUUACAAAUCAAUCUCCCUGAUGAAUAUAGAUAUAAAAAUUUUAAACAAAAUAUUAGCAAAAAGAUUAUACCAACAUAUGAGCAGAAUAAUACACUAUGACCAAGUGGCAUUUAUAUCAAAAAUGCAGGGCUGGCUUAGUGUCAGAAAAACAUAGUGUAAUUGACAAUUAUGGUAUCAAUAUCAAAACCAAUCAAAAUCAUAUAAUCUCAUUAGAUACAAAAAAAAGCUUUUGACAAAAUACGGCACCCAUUCCUUUAAAAAAACAAAAAACUAGAGAGCAUAAGGAUAAAAGAAACUUUCCUGUGUCCAUUUAGUUUUCUCCGAAGAUCUAUCAUACCUAACUUUUCUAGUAUACUAGUCACCUCUUUAACUUCUUAAUUAUUUUGUGGCUUGAUUUAUCUAGUUCUGAGAGUGCAAGGAGAGAUCUCUCAUUAUUAUAGUUUUGCUGUCUAUUUCUUCUUGCAGCUCUCUUCUUUAAGAAUUUAGAUGUUAUAUUGUAUCUAGGAUAUACUGUAACCUAUUCAACAUGUAAAGGACUGCUUGCCAUCUGGGGGAGGGGGUGGAUGGAGGGAGGGGAAAAAUUGGAACAGAAGUGAGUGCAAGGAAUAAUGCUGUAAAAAAUUACCCUGGCACGGGUAUCUAUCAAUAAAAAGUUAUGGGGAAAAAAAAAUUUAGAUGUUACACCACUUGGUGCUAUUGCUUCGUUAUCUAUGCUACCCUUUAGCAAGAUAUAGUGCCCUUCCUUAUCUCUUUUAAUUAGAUCAAUUUUUGCUUUUGCUUAAUUUGAAAUCAGGAUGGCUAUCCCUGCUUUUUUAGCUUCACUUGAAGCACAGUAGAUUCUGCUCCAUCCUUUUACCUUUACUCUGUAUGUAUUGCCCUACUUCAAGUGUGAUUCCUGUAAACAACACAUUGUAUGAUUCUGACUUAAUCCAGUUUGUUAUCCAUCUCCACUUUAUGGGGGAGUUUACCCCAUUCACAUUUAAGAUUAAAAUUACUAAUUCUGUAUUUCCUGCCAUCUUGUUAACCCCUGAUUAUGCUUUUCUUUUCCCCCUUUUUUCCCCUUCUCCCUUCCCCAUAUUAAACUUGUGAGCACCACUUGUCUCAUGUAGCCCUCCCUCUUUAGAGUCCCUCCCCCCCCUUGAGUCCCUUCCCUUUCUUAAACCUUUCCCUUACAAUUUCUGUAUUCCCUUCUAUUUAGCUUAUUCCUUCCCUUUUCACUUUUCCCCUCCCACUUUUCAAUGAGAUGGGAGAAGUUUCUCUGUAAAUCAAAUAUAUCUAGUAUUUUCUCUCUGAGCCAUUUCUGAUAAGAGUAAGAUUCAUACUAUGUUCAUCCCCCUCCCUUUUUUCCCUCAGAUAUAAAGGGUUUCUUUUCCCUCUUCAUGAGAUGUAGUACCUUCACUUUUCCCUUUUUCUGGUACAAUUUCCUUUCCAUUUCUAGCUUCUUUUUUAUAUUAUAACAGUAAAACCAAAUUUAUACGUGUCUUUGUUAUAUAUACUCAUAACAGAAAUAUAGUUCCCAAGAUUUCUUUUUACCUUUUUAUGCUUCUCUUGAGUCCUAUAUUUGGAGAUCAAACUUUUUGUUUAGUUUGGUUUUUUAAUCAGAAAUACAUGGAAUUCACCUAUUUCACUGAAUGUCCAUCUUCUUCCCUGGAAGAAAAUGCUCAUUUUGGUUGGGUAAAUUAUUCUUGGCUGCAUACCAAGUUCCUUAGCCUUUCAGGAUAUCAGGUUCCAGACCCUUUGAUCCUUUAAUGUGGACACUGCUAGAUUCUGAGUAAUCCUUAUUGUGACUCCUCAGUAUUUGAAUUAUUUUUUUCUAGAUGCUUAUAUUAUUUUUUCCUUGGUCUUAUAGUUCUGGAAUUUAGCCACAAUAUUUCUUGGAGUUUUGAUUUUAGGAUCUCUUUCAGCAGGUGAUCAAAUUCUCUCAUGUCUAUUUUACUUUCUGUUUCUAUAACAUCAGUGCAGUCCUCUUUGAGAAUUCCCUGAAAAAUAGUGUUUAGGCUCUUUUUUUCAUCAUGUUGAGGAAGUCCAAUAAUCCUUAGAUUAUCUCUCGUAGAUCUAUUUUCCAGGUCUAUUGUUUUCCCAAGUAGGUAUUUAACAUUUUUUUUUCUAUUUCUUUUCUUUCUUUUUUCUUUUUUUCUUCUUCUUUUUUUUUUUUGGUUUUGCUUAACUAAUUUCUUGGUGUCUCCUCGAGUCAUUCAUUUCCAUUUGUUCAAUUCUGAUUUUUAAUGAAUUAUUUUCUUCAUUUAUUUUUUUUUAUUUCUUUUUGUAAUUGUCCAAUUGAGUCUUUCAAUGAGCUGUUUUGUUCUAUGAAUUUUUUCUCCAUUUCAACAAGCUUAUUUUUUAGGGAAUUUUCUUUUUUCAAUUCACAAAUUCUGUUUUUCAGGGAGUUGAUUUCUUUAUCCACUCCAUCUUUUAAGGAGUAACAUGACUUAUCCAGAGCUUCUUGCAAAGCUUCCCUUUCCUUUCCCCAUUUUUCUUCUAGCUCUUUUUAAAGAACCUUUUUAAUUUCUUCUAUGAGAACCUUAUGUCAUGGAGACUGAUCAUAUCCACCUUUGCAUUUUCAUCUAGAGACAAAAUGUUUUUAGUCACCUCAGAGUUUGAAAUCUGCUCUCUUUCAGUAUAGAAGUUGUCUAUAGUUAGAGCCUGCUUUGCCUUUUUACUCAUUUUGACAAAACAAAACAAAAAACCCUUCAGUCUGCUUUUGGGGCAGUGUGGUAUUACCAAGUUUCCUCAACAGAAAACAAGAAGUAGCAGUGAAGCAGCUGUCAGCAUUUGCACUGGGAUUAGUGUCUAUGCUGUAGUCAGGGUCUCUACUGGGAUCAGCGGCUGCAUGCCUUCUGAGUCCCUUCCCGUGCUGGGUGGGUGUGGCCAGGUCCUCAGAGACUCUAGCAUUUUGGGAUUGUAGUCUUUAACCCCUGGGUAUAUAGCUUCUCUACUGAUCUACUGUAGGCUUGCUGCCAGAGUAGGGGCAGCUGACACUGUGGUAAAGGUCUCCCUGCAAAUUUUCCACUGAUUUAGACCCCAGCCCUGUCCCUCCAAUCUGUUCAGCAUGAGCUGCCUUCCGUGCUCUCACUGCCAACUUGUCUGAUGCUGUACCUGGCGUUACCUUCCCUGCUUGUGGAAAAAAAAAAAAAAAAAAAAAACAGACCUUUUUUUGUGACGACUGCGCUAGCACCCAGGACACCCCAGAAUCAGCCGGAGUCAGGAUAAGCAAAAGUCCUUAGUCUUUAUUCUUGGUCUUUAGAUGCAGGAUUGAACAAGAUGGAGGCAGAAUCUCGGCAAUCGCCUUCUCCCUCGUCUACCGUCAAAGUGUAACUCUGGCUCGUCUUACUCCAUUCCCUAGUCCCUCCUACAAUCCUCUGUAUACACCAAUAAGCCAGCACAGGAUAGUGGGAAGGACCAUUUUCCAAGCACAUGCCCAUAGAAUAUUGUCCAAUCAGUAAUUAGCCCUAAGUGCGUGAACUGACCUCAGUGCAACGACUCAAGAAUUUCAGCCCUCUACAUUUCUGGUGAAUUUUAAGAUUAUCUUCUGUUAGUAAUGUGUUGUACUCCCAAUAUUUGUGGGUUUUAGCAGUCAAGCACUAAUUAUCAAGGCUAUUUCAUAAAAAAUUCAUCUGAUGGUAAGGGAGGGCUAAGAUAGACGCUUGUGUCCUCUCUGCCAUCUUGGCCCCAUCCUCCAAAAGGAACUUUCCUAAAAAUAACAAACAGUACUUAUCUAAAGCCUACAGCAAGCAUUAUUUAUAAAGGAGAGAAGCUGGAAACAUUCCCAAUAAAACAGGGAUUCCCAUUAUCACCACUAUUAUUCAACAUCAUUCUAGACUUGUUAGCUUCAGCCAUAAGAAAAUAAGAAAGGAAUUAGAAUAGGCAAUGAAGAAAUUAAGCUAUCACUCUUCAUCAAUGAUAUGAUGACAUACUUUGAGAAUUCUAGAAAGUCAUCCAAAAACUUACUGGAAACAAUUCACUGUUUUAGCAAAGUUACAGCAUAUAAAAUAAACCCAAAGAAAUCAGCAUUUUUAUAUAUUACUGACAAAGCCCAUCAGCAAAAGAUAGAGAAAUUCCACUGAAAAUAAUGAGUUAAAAUACUUGGGGAGUCUACUUGCCAAGACAAACCCAAGAACUAUAUGAACACAAUUACAAAACACUUCUCAUACAAAGAAAAUCAGAUCUAAACAAUUAGAAAAAUUUUUAAUUGUUCACGAAGAGGCUUGUUGGAAUCUUUACAAACUGUUAAGUCAUUAGAGUUGAUAGAGACAAUAAUUAUCUAAUUUAGCGUGCUUCAGUAUGAUUGCUCUGAUCUUAUGAGGAGAUAUUAUGGGCCAGAAGAAACAAGGUACUAAGUGAAACUGAGAAACAAUGCUUGUAUUCACACCUUUACUUAUUGGAGUUCAUAUGUUUGGGAGAUUUUAGGGUUUAGUAUGAGAUAUCCGAAUUCACACCUCCUUUAAUGCCUGCCUCCAGAAAGAGGAGUCAACCUUUGGGAGAUCAUAUAUAAAUAGGUUCUUAGCUUCAGGUUAGUUGGAGUUACUUUGGAACAUUACCAGGGGUCGGAGAGGAGCACUCUGGGAGGAAGCCCACAAACCCACUCUCGGAAGUGGAGUCAGAUUCAUUUUAACUUUCACCUUUGUGCUGGCUGGAGGUUGAAGAAAGCAGAGGCAGAAGCAAAGGACAAAGCUGCAAGAGCUCUUAGAACCAAGGAGAGAGAGAGGCUUCUAAGAAAACUAACUGGGCUAUAUUGAAGGACACAAUAAAAGAUUUGAACUUUUAGCACCUGGCUGUUAUUUGGGUAAUUAUUACUUUCAACUGAAACUAAGGCUGCCUCCAGAAAACCUCCCCAAGAAACCUGCUCUAGAGAGAACUAUUAUAUUUUAAAGAACACCACAAAGGCUGAGUUAAUAUAGUAAAAAUCACAAUUCUGCCUAAAUUGGUCUACUUCUUCAGUGCCAAAAAUACAACUUCCAAAACAUUAUUUUAGAGAAGUAGGAAAAAUGACAAAAUUCAUCUGGAAGAAGAAAAGGUCAAGAAUAUCAAGGGAAAUAAUGGGAAAAAAUGCAAAGGACGGUGGCUUAGCAGUACCAAUCCUAAAACUAUGUUGUAAAGCAGCAGUAAUCAAAUCAUUUGGUACUGGCUAAGAAAUAAGAGUAUUGGAUCAGUGGAAUAGAUUAGAUAACACACAAUAAUCAAGGCCUAUAGCAAUGUAGUAUUUGAUAAACCCUCAAACUCCAGGUUCUGGAAAUAAGAACUAUCUGACAGAAAUUGCUGGAAAAAACGGAAAAUAAUAGGUCAGAAAUUCAGCAUUGACUUACAUCUCACACCCUAUACCCAAAUAAGAUAAAAAUGGGUACAUUAUCUGGGCAUAAAGAAUGAUACCAUAAAUAAAUUAGAAUAAGAGACAAUUUAUCUGAUCUUUGGAGAAGGGAGGAAUUUAUGACCAAAGAAGAACUAUAGAACAUUAUCAAGGGCAAAAUGGACACUUUGGUUCCAUUAAAUUAAAAGUUUUUGCACAAACAAAACCAACAGAAACAAGAUUAAAAGGGAAGUAAAAAGCUGGACAAAAAUUUUAAAGCCAGUAUAUCUGAUAAAGAUCUCAUUUCUAAAAUAUAUAAAGAACUGUGUCAAAUAUAUAAGAAUACAAGUCAUUCCCCAAUUGAUACAUGGUCAAAGGAUAUGACUAGACAAGUUUUACAUGAUGAAAUGAAAGCCAUCUAUAGUUAUAUGAAAAAAUGUUCUAAAUCACUAUUGGUAAAAGAAAUUCAAAUUAAAACAAGGCUGAGGUACCACCUCACACCUCUCAGAUUAAUUAAGAUGAUACGAGUACAGUCCUGCACAGGUGACCACCACCCCCACCUCCAAGGCCAGGAAGGAGCAGGCAGCGCCCCAGCAAAGCAGGACUGAGAGCCCAUCCCCCGACAGGCCAGCAGCCAGAUCCAAAACUCCAAGGCAAGAAGCUUGGGAAAAUGUCCCCCUAGCCCAGGAUCACAGCCCAACUUAAUAUGAAUUUUAGGAGUCAGGAAAUAAAAUGGAAAAAUACACACUCCCCUCCAAAAAAAAAAAAGUAUCAUGCCGAGAUUGAAAGAUAAGGUGGGAAAACAGGACGUCAAAGUUAGCUACGUGUAAAACACCCAAAUGUGGAUGAAUCUGUGACCCACGAAGAGCUAUGGAGGGAUCUCCAAGGAGAACUUAAAGAAGUAAACUAGAGAGGGAGAAGAUUAGGAAAGAGGGAUUGGGGGAGGAACAGACAAUUGGCCGGGGGCGGGGCCUGCAGGCUUGGCUCUGCUGGGGAGCCUAGAAGGCUCCAUCCUCCUGCGGGAUGGACCAGGAAGACCCUCCCACAGGGGGUUGGCGGGAAGCCGGAAGUCUUGGAGAUGCGACCUGGCUGCAUGCCCCUGAGGUCGUCCUCCCUUCCAGGCGAUCGCUGAUUACUUUGUCUCGUGGAAGCCAGAACCGUGCUUGCAGCUCCCAGGGAGCCUGGAGCCGGAGGGAAUGGGCCCUGGGAGCCUGGCACCUGCUCAGGACUUGGUGACAUUCAGGGAUGUGUCUGUGGACUUCACCCUGGAGGAGUGGGACCUCUUGGACCCUCCCCAGAAGAAGUUGUACAAGGAAGUCAUGCUGGAGAAUGCCCGGAACCUGCUGUCUCUGGGGCUUCCAGUUUCCAGAGAAGACGUGAUCUCUUAUUUUGAGCAGAGGAAAGUCCCCUGGAUACUGGAGCAAGAAGGCCUGAGGAGCUGCUCUCCAGAAAGUGAGAUCAGACUUGAAAUGAUGGAACAUACUCACAAACAAACACUCAUGAGUCCCUGUGACUUCACUUGGAAAGAAAUCAGUGCUAUACAUGAGAAAAUACACACUGAAGAAAAAUCUUAUGAUUAUAAGCAGUGUGGAAAGACUUUCAGCAAUAAGAGAGCUCUUACUGUGCAUCAGGGAAUCCACACUGGAGAGACACCUUAUGAAUGUAACCAAUGUGGACAGGGCUUUAAAAAAAGGCAAUAUCUAACUCAACAUCAAAGAAUCCACACUGGAGAAAAACCUUAUGAAUGUAAACAGUGUGGAAAGGCUUUUACACACAAAAAUUCUUUCGCUCUACAUCAAAAAAUCCACACUGGACAGAAACCUUAUGAAUGUAACCAGUGUGGAAAGGCUUUUCGCAGCAAGGGACAUCUUAUUGUACAUCAAAGAAUCCACACUGGAGAAAAACCUUAUAUCUGUAACCAAUGUGGAAAGGCUUUUAGACAAAAAUAUUCUCUCACUCUACAUCAGAGAAUCCACUCUGGAGAGAAACCUUAUGAAUGUAAGCAAUGUGGAAAGACUUUUACCACAAUAGGAACUCUUACUCAACAUCAGAGAAUCCACACUGGAGAAAAACCUUAUGAUUGUAAGCAAUGUGGAAAGUGUUUUACAAAAAGGCAAUCUCUUACUGUACAUCAGGGAAUUCAUGCUGGAGAGAAACCGUAUGACUGUAACCAGUGUGGAAAGGCUUUUAAAAAAAGGCAAUCUCUUACUAUACAUCAGAGAAUCCAUACUUAUGAAUGUAACCAGUGUGGAAAGGGUUUUACAAAAAAGGAAUCUCUUACUGUACAUCAGAGAAUCCACACUGGAGAGAAACCUUAUAAAUGUAACCAAUGUGGAAAGGCUUUUACAUACAAACAUUCUCUCACUCUACAUCAGAAAAAACACACUGGAGAGAAACCUUAUGAAUGUAACCAGUGUGGAAAGGCUUUUAUACAAAGGGAAUCUCUUACUGGACAUCAGAGAAUCCACACUGGAGAAAAACCUUAUGAAUGUAAUCAAUGUGGAAAAGCUUUUCCACAGAAACAAUCUCUCACUUUUCAUCAGAGAAUCCACACUGGAGAGAAACCUUAUGAAUGUAACCAAUGUGGAAAGGCUUUUAGAAAAAAGGGACAUCUCACUGUACAUCAGAGAAUCCACACUGGAGAGAAACCUUAUAAAUGUAACCAAUGUGGAAAAGCUUUUGCAGAAAGUGGAGCUCUUACUGUACAUCAGAGAAUGCACACUGGGGAGAAACCUUAUGAAUGUAACCAUUGUGGAAAGACUUUUAGAGAUAAAGCAACUCUUACCAUACAUCAGAGAAUCCACACUGGAGAGAAACCUUAUAAAUGUAACCAGUGUGGAAUGGCUUUUAGAUGUAAGAAAAGUCUUACUGGACAUCAGAGAAGCCACAUUGAAUGAGAAUGUAAUAUAACCAAUGUGGAAAGGAUUUUCCAUAGAAACAAUCUCACUUUACAUUAGAGAAUCUACACUGAAGAGAAACGUUAUGAGUGUAACCAAUGUGCAAAGACUUUAGACAAAAGGCACAUCUUACUGAACAUCAGAGAAUCCACACUGGAGAGAAAUGUUAUGAAUGUCAUUAAUGUGGAAACAAUUUCAUAGAAAAACCUAAUUGGUUCUUGCAAGAUGUGUUAGGAAAUGAAAAGGCAUUAAAAUAAGGAGGAAACUGGAUUUGUUAGAGAUCAAUCAGAGAAUAUGGGGUGUUGUUAAUUCCUUCCAUAAUUAGCCUUUUGUAGCUGUAACCCUUUAGAGGAUGAGAAAGGGAAAAUCAAAGGUGAUUAGUAAUAGGAAAUGCCUUCAGAGGCGUAUUGGAUUCUUUUCCAUCUGAUCACUUUGAAAGGCAGUAUAGUGGGAUGAAAUGAUCACUAGAUUGGGACUCAGAGGUCAAGACUUGAAAUUCUGGGUUCUUGGGAAAGUAAUUUAACUUCACUGGUCUCAGACCAUUUAGAUUAGGUUCAGGAUCUGUUUCAACUCUGAAUGCCUCAAGAAGCCAAAGUGGAGCUUGAAAAUGAACCCUAUUCAUUGCCACUUCUUGCUGGAUCCUCAGCUUCCGAUUAACCAUAAUAACUCAGAGACUUCACUAAACCUUUGGGGUAUGAGUAGCAGUUUGGAGAGGUAGAAAGACGUGAGAAAUUCCAAAUCUACAUCUUGUUGAAGCAGGAAAUUUGUACAUCAUUCUUAUAUAUACGACUUCUGCACAACUAGUGAAAUAGGUUUCUUGCCAUAUUUGUUCAGGCCAAAAAUAUUUUAUUAAGAUGCUUUUAUGAAAGAUUUCAACUUUGUGGUUUCAGCUUUCCUUCUUCAAAUUGGCAGAGAUGACCCCCAAAGCUGUACAUAAUGUUAGGGGCUAUAUAAUUAGAGGCACAAUAAUGCAAUGUGUAUGUAAUUAUGAAUUGGUUCAUCUUUUCUGAAAAGCCAUUUGGUAUUAGAAUUUAUUAAAAGGUUAUCAAAAGCCCAUACUUGGUGACAAAGACUCCAUGGCAAGGCAUCAAAUGUAAGGAAGUAAGGGGAAAAUGGUUCUAGGUACACUAAAAUAGCCAUUGCAGUGUUUUAGGUUUUAUAUUUGGGGAUAGGGGUGGCAGCAAAAAAACAUAUAGAUGCAAAAUAGAAAAUAGGAGCUCUUCUGUUAGAGAAGGUCUUAAGGAAUUUUGGUUCACAAACAAAUUGGAAUAUUGUGCCAUAAGAAACUGGCUAGGAAGAAUUUGGAGAAGCAUGUUGAUAUGUAAAGGAAUGGAGUUUUCCUGAAGUGAACAAAACCAAGAAAAUCUAUAUACUUUAUGACUCCCCCAAAUACUCAGAAAGCCUGGUCAGUAAUCUCUUCAAUUUGAAAUUCCUUCCAGCAGUGUAGAUGCUUGUCUGUCUGUCCAUCCUGUAGGGCUCUUGCCUGUGCCCUGUAUGAAGCCGGCUCAUCUCUUCUACAAUUGUCUCAUGAGAAGUAUAAGUAACAUAAAUUAUCUCAGCAGAGGAAUUUCAGAAAAUGCUUUAUCAGCAAUCCUUUGACUCCAUCGACAAAUGACAGAACCAGGUAUGCUAAGGCCAUGCCAUGGGGCCUACUGACAGUUCCCUGGGGUCUUCUACUACGGGAGCAACAGCUCCCUGUCAGCCACUGCGAAGAGACAGCUGUGGUUUUGGCUGCUUGGUUGGCCAGAUCACUGGGGAGCACGGAUGCUGUUUUCUGCACUGGGCCCUCGACUGUUAACUACUGCCACAGCCCGGGGCAGCCGGAAGUGACCACUAGAGAGAAGCCUGGUCCUGAGAAGAAACCUUGUUCCUUUUCCUAAUUCACUGCCUGGCAUUUGGCUUGUGGGGCCAAAGAGGCAUCAGGGAGUGAUGAAGUUCCUCCCACUUCUGUAGCAGCGGUGAUGUCAUACCCAGCCCCCAAAGCUCCAUCCUCAUUUCUGUCCAAGAUUAAGCAUAACGUUCUUUACAAUGUCUCAUUGAGUCAUUUGCUUCCCCUUGUCCAAUUUUAAUUCUUGAUUUUCUUUUGGAUUAGUUUUUUUGUUUGUUGGUUUGUUUUGUUUGACUAAUUCUACUUUUAAAAGAUUUGUUUUAUUCAAUGGACUUCCCUACCACUAUUUUGCCAAUUCUAUUUUUUAAGCAGUUGUUUCCUCCAAUAUAUUUCUUUUCCUUUUUGCCAAAACUAUUUUUGAAGAUUUUCCUCAAUAUAAUUUUGCCCUUCCUUUUCCAAACUGUUGACUCCACCCCCCCUUAAUUCUUCUGCAUAGUUCCCAUGUCUUUCCUCCAUUUUUCUUCUACUUGAUUUCAAAAAUUCUGUUGGAUGUCUUCCAAGACAACUGUUUGAGCUUGAGUCCAAUUCAUAUUCCCCUUUGAGGAUUUACAUGUGUGUAUUUUGCCACUUCUGUCCUCUUCUGAGUUUGUGAUCUGUUCUUGGACAGUCACUUCAUUUGCGAAUGCCCUAGUCUUGCUCUUUACAUUGCCAGUCCCUCCUAAUUCCCAGGGCUUCAGAGAAUCCUCUGGCCACUGCCUUUUGCAAUGCAUAAACUAACUUUAAACUGG